UCCAUCCUCCACCUUUCAUGGAGCUUCCAUCGAUAGCGCCGCUCGACGCCUACCGCCAGCGAUACCUCAUCGAAACCAACGGCUUGUCCUACGACCUCUCCCCGACCUGCGCGCCAACGUUGCGACUGGGUGCCGCUGCUCCCAGGCCCAUCCUGAGUAAUGUCAGUUGCAGGGCUCUUCCAGGCGAGCUCACGGCGAUCGUCGGCCCGAGCGGAGCAGGGAAGACCUCGCUCCUAUCCGCGCUCGCCGGCGUGAUACACCCGACCAGAGUCUCUGGCCUCAUCCUCAUCAACGGCCGGCCGAUGGACGUGUCACGCCUCUGCCGUGUCUCUGGGUACGUGAUGCAGGAGGACGCGCUAUUCCCGCUGCUCACCGUGGAGGAGACGCUGGCGUACAGCGCGCGGCUGAGGUUGAGGGCGACGCCCAGCGAGGCGGCGGCGCGUGUGCGGGAGCUGAUCAAGGAGCUGGGGCUGGACCACGUGGCGGCGUCUAGAGUCGGCGGCGGAGGGAACGGCGGAGUUUCCGGCGGCGAGCGGCGACGCGUGUCGAUCGGGGUCCAGCUGGUGCAUGACCCGGCGGUGGUGUUCCUAGACGAACCGACGACCGGGCUCGACUCGGCCGCGGCGCUGCACAUUGUGAGGCUGCUCCGGUCCAUGGCGCUGGUAGAGGGGAAGACCGUCAUCCUCACUAUCCAUCAACCGGGUUUUCGAAUCUUGGAGCUCAUCAACCGUCUGUUGCUCAUCCAUGGCGGCUCGUUGCGACAUCAGGGCUCGAUUUCUCAACUGCAGAGCCGGCUCAAGGAAAUUGGCCAUUGCAUUCCUCCCCAUGUCAAUGCCCUAGAAUUCGCCAUGGAAGCCGUUGAUUUUCUCGACAUCACUCACCAAAAGGACACCGCCGCCUCUGCCUCUUACAAAAUCCCUAAUCCAAGCACCAAGGAAGACAAAAUCUACUACGCCAAUUCCCGAAUUGGGGAAAUCUCCAUCAUCGCCAGUCGAUUCUUUCGCAACGUGGCGAGAACACGGGAACUAUUCGCGGCCAAAAUGCUCCAAUCCGUCGCCGCCGGCUUCGCCCUCGGUACAAUAUUCAUGAGCGUGAGCAACCUGCAAGCCAAGAUCGGAUUUUUCGCAUUCAGCCUCACAUUCCUGCUCUCCUCGACUACGGAAGGCCUUCCUCUCUUCCUCCGGGAGCGACGGAUCCUGGAGAUGGAGACGCGGCGAGGAGCCUACCGGGUCUCCUCCUACGCCAUCGCUAACGCCCUGGUGUUCCUGCCGUUCCUUCUCGCCGCAGCUCUCUUCUUCGCAGUGCCGGUGUACUGGCUGGUGGGGCUCCGGGGGGAGACGGAGAGCUUCCUUUACUUCGCCAUGGUGGUGUGGCUGGUGAUGCUGAUGGCCAACUCCUUGGUGGCCUGCUUCAGCGCGCUGGUGCCGAGCUUCAUCAUGGGAAACUCGGUCAUCUCGGGGCUGAUGGGCUCCUUCUUCCUCUUCUCCGGAUACUUCAUCAGCAAGGACAGCAUUCCCAGGUACUGGAUCUUCAUGCACUACCUGAGCUUGUUCAAGUACCCCUUCGAGGCGUUGGUGCUGAACGAGUACGGCGGGGAGAGGGGCAGAAGGCAGUGCUUGAGCAGGGGAAUCCAUGGUCACUGCAUUUUCGACGGAGAGAUGCUGUUGAGGCAGCAGGGGGUGGAGGAAGCGCAGAGGUGGAGCCAUGUCGGCGUGAUGCUGGCUUUCAUCGGCGGCUACAGACUCCUCAGCUUCUUCAUCCUUUGUAUCCGAUGUUACAGGACGAGACGAUAGUGCUGCUCCUGCGUCUCCCUGGCUUUCCUUAAACUAAUUUCUUGUUAAUAUCGUUAAGCUAAAUUAUAGAAAAGGACAUCCUAUUACGUACCCUCUCUCAUUCUUUCCACUCAGCCAGCCUCUGAUUCGGUUAUGGAUACAUCUCCAAAAUUGCUAUUGGGCCUCCGCCAGCGUUCUGUGCGGCCCAACAUAAAUACUGAAAAGGGCGUAUGAGGCCCCCAACUGCUCUUGCUUAGGCCGGGGAGACGGUGAAACAACUGUACAAUUCCGGUCCAUAUAAUA